AUGCACUUUUCGCUGGCCAAGUCGCUGCUAUGGCUGGGAGCCAUGGCUGCGCCGCUCGUCUCCGGCGAGCGCAUCAUCGAAUCAAAGUCGCUCAACCCGUGCAUGGCCAACUCGUCCUUUUCUGCCACCCUUUUCAACGUCGCAUUCACGCCCGGCAACCGCAGUUUGGGCUUCAAGAUUGAGGGAAUCUCAAAUAUUGCCGGCAAGAUCGAGGCAGAUCUCGAGCUGCUGGUCUAUGGCUUCUCCGCCAUGAAUCAGAAGCUCGACCCAUGUGGUCAGAAGGAGCUCGAGGGCAUGUGCCCCAUGAAUGCCGGACCAUUGACUAUCAAAUCCAACAUUGACAUCAGCGACGAGAUUCUGAGCAAGGUUCCAGGCAUCGCCUACACUAUUCCCGACAUUGACGCCGUCGUGCGAGUCAAAAUCAAGGAUUCAGAAACUCACGUUCUCCUGGCCUGUGUUGAAGCCGAGCUAUCCAACGGACAUUCGGUCGACCAGAAGGCUGUGGCCUGGGUGACAGCUGUCAUAGCUGGUCUGGGUUUGAUGGCAUCUGCCAUUACGUCGGGUCUGGGUCACUCCAAUACCGCCGCCCACGUUGCUGCCAACGCCAUGUCUCUCUUCGGAUAUUUCCAGGCUCAAGCCUUCAUCGGCCUCUGCGGCGUACCUCUGCCCCCUAUUGUCGCCGCCUGGACCCAGAACUUCCAAUGGACCAUGGGCAUUAUCCGUGUCAGUUUCCUCCAGAAGAUGGCAACUUGGUAUCAGCGCGCCACUGGUGGCACUCCGACCACAUACCUUUCGCAGUUGUCCUUCAUCUCCGUCGAAGUGCAGAAGAUGAAGAAGAUGCGUCGUGCCCUCGACUUUACUACUGGCGCUAUGAGCCGCAUGAUGGCCCGUAGUAAUGCUGCUGCCACUGAGGCCCAGGCUGGAGGCGAGCGCGUUGUCCUACACGGUGUAGAGCGCGUCGGUUUCAAGGCCAGGAUCGAGACGACUAACAUUUUCUUCACCGGCUACACCUUCUUCAUGAUCUUCAUCAUCUUUACCGUCAUCGGCGUCGUUGCCUUCAAGUUCAUCUGCGAAGGUCUCGUCAAGGCUGGCAGGAUGAAGGGUGACAAAUUCGUCGACUUCCGUAAUGGCUGGCAGACUGUGCUCAAGGGCAUCAUGUUCCGUGUGGUUCUCAUUGGCUUCCCCCAAAUGAUGGUACUCGGUUUCUGGGAGCUGACCAGGCGCGACUCUGCUGGUCUUGUCGUCCUGGCCAUUCUUUCCAUGGCCACCAUGAUCGGCAUUCUUACCUGGGCCUCCUCCAAGGUUGUGCGCAUUGCUCAACGCUCCAUUGCCAUGCACAAGAACCCCGCUUACAUCCUCUACUCGGACCCUGUCGCUCUCAACAAGUGGGGUUUCCUCUACGUUCAGUUCAAGGCCGCCGCCUACUGGUUCAUCAUCCCGUGGCUCGGAUACCUCCUCAUCAAGGCCAUGUUCGUCGGUCUUGCUCAGGGCAGCAGCAAGCUCCAAGGUAUUGCGCUACUCCUCAUCGAGCUUAUCCUGCUCAUCGGUGUGUGCGUACUGCGUCCCUGGAUGGACAAGAAGACCAACGGUUUCAACAUUGCCAUUGCCGCCGUCAACUUCCUCAGCGCUUUCCUCUUGUUGAUGUUCACUGAAAUCUUCAAGCAGCCGACUAUCGUCACCGGUGUAAUGGGUGUCAUCUUCUUCAUCAUCAACGCCGCCUUUGCUCUCAUUCUGCUUCUUAUGCUUCUCGUCUCUUCUGGAUUUGCCCUCUUCACCAAGAACCCCGAUACCCGAUACCAGCCAAUGCGCGAUGAUCGCGGCUCCUUCAUCAAGUCGCAGACCCAGCUCACCACUGAGCUUGACGCACUUGGCGCAACUGCACGUGGCGAGGGCAAGGGCACUCACCCAGGCCGCAUCGACGAUGACGAUGAUUACGAGCAGCGCCAACUCGCUGCGAAAGAGGGUGGCUUCGGUGAACACUACGCUCCCGCACCACCGCGAAGCCAAGAUAACCAAUCCCCGGCACCUCCGUCCUUCUACGACAAUGGCAGCCCAGCGCCGUCAUACCGACCUAGCAGCAACGAUCAACAGCAUCGUCAAGGCAACUCGUCAAGCCCAUGGCAACGAGGAGCUGGAUACGAGCACUGACGCCAGAGCGAGCACGAGGAGCAGGUGGGUCAGAUUAUCGAUUCGUAUAAACGCUCCUCGAUGUCUCGUCAUCGACAACAACAGAACAGAUACUGAGCUGACAAAGCGUUAUGUGUACAUUUUGGGCAUCUAUACCACUACACUGUAAUCAUCAAUCGAAUUGGCUUCACAUGGGCAGUGCACAUGGCGCAUCACCAUGUCUUAACCAUUAUGAAAGACGGCGUUCUACUUUUCGACAUUUGCAUCCGGCUGUCAAUGCAGCCGUAGUUUUGGAUUUGUUUGCUUGGCGAUUAGCAGAAAGGACCAGAGGUGACGUUACCUGCAUAUCUUUAUCAUGUAUACGUAAUAUCUCAUAUCCUCCUGUGUUUCGUUUUUUCUGGUUUCUUUGCGUUUGGGAAUCUCCUUUGUUCACAACGGCGUCUAGAGAUAUCACUGGAAGCGUGUCUUUCGCAUCGUCGCAUGCAUGGCCCAGGAUAGGGCGGGAGGAGUGUGGCAGUAGGAGUGUAGUUAUAGAUGAGAGCAAGCAGCGAAGAAAUCAAACCUUUAAACAAGA